AUGUCCAAGCCAGACGAGAUCCCAGCCCUCUCCUUCAUCCUCGAGCCCGCCAUCGUCGUCUCCCUCCUCACAGCAGGAUGCCUCUUCAACCGCCGCCCCCCGCCCCUCAUCCUCCAGGCCCACAACGCAGUCAACGACGUGCCCCCGCCCCCCGGCGACAACGCCUGGAACUGGAAGAACAUGCGCUCCUUCAGGUGGACCGUCAGGGUCCCUGGUAAUGAGCGAUUCAGGUCGAGGUGGUCCAGCGGGCUGCUGGGCAUGUUUCCGUUCUUGAUGGAGGUCUGGUACUGGCUCUUGACGUACUGGAUAUACCAGAUCGCCCGAGCUAUGCAAGCGCUCACGAUGGGGGCCGACUUUAGGGCGUUGGCAGAGCAGCACGCGCGACAGAUCAUUGCUAUUCAGCGGUGGUUGGCGAUCGACUGUGAGCUCGCGCUGCAAAAGUUUGUCAUGGAGAGGGAGUGGCUGCUGGUGUUUUUCAACAAGACCUACGCGAUGGUCCACAUUCCCGCCACUAUCGCCUUCAUGGCCUACUCUUACCGCUACUUCUCCCCCCUCGUCUUCCAAUCCACCCGACGAACCCUGGUCCUGUGUAACUGCAUCGCCUUUGUCGUCUUCUCCAGCUGGCCAUGCAUGCCCCCAAGACUAUUGCCUUAUGAAGAAUUCGGCUAUGUCGACACUUUGCACACUGGUAAAGCCGCCAGUAUCUGGACCACAAACAAGUUCCAAAACCAACUCGCCGCCUUCCCCUCCCUCCACUUUGGCUACUCUUUCGUCAUCGGCCUCUCCCUCUUCCUCUACUCUCCCCACCGCCCCAUCCGCGCCGUCGCACUCGGCUACCCCGUGCUCAUCCUGCUCGUCAUCAUGGCAACCGCCAACCACUACUUGCUCGAUGCGGUGGGCGGGUUCUUUGUGACGGUUUUGGCGCAUAGGAUGAAUAGGUUGACGUUGAAUUUGAGGCCUUUGGAGGAGUGGUUCUUUUGGCUGCUUAGGACGGAAAGGCCGAUGGACAAGGUUCAGUUCGACUCUGUCAUCAACCGCGAGAAUGUUGGGCACAGGGAUAGCAGCGACUUGUCUCAUCGCCCCCUCAUGUUUGGACAAGACAAUGCUUAG